AUUAUGAUCACGAACACCACUUCAUUUUAAGAUACUAACAACUUUUUUUAAACUUCUGUAAAUAUAUGAUAAACCAUUAGGAAGGAGAAACUUCAAUACUUCAACUAAAUAUAUCCCCAUUUCUAAAUUUUAAAUUUCCGUAAAAUCGGAAAUGGUCAUUACAAAAUUGUUCGGGAAAAACCCCUCCACUACACUACGAAUUUCAAAUUAAUUCACUGAUAUGGAUGAAUCAAACGAUCCCACACAUUGCAGAGCUCAAUCCCCUGCCCGCCCUUCCUUUGCAGACGUUCUGCAGAUGCGGCCUGACGUCCGACAACCGGACCGGUUUCAGGUAGAAGUCUUCGGCCCCUUCCGACAGGCAGCUGUGGAUCCGGGACGGAAUAUCCUCGGAGGAGACGAUGACGACGGGGAUGUGCUUGAAAGCAGAGCAGCUCUUGAUCUCCCUCAGGAGAUCGUAGCCGGUCAUUCCGGGCAUGCUGUAAUCGGAGAUGAUCAGAUCCGCGCCCACUUCGUUCAAAACCCGGAGAGCCUUGGCCCCGGAAUCCACCACCGUCACUUUCACAUUGUCGCCGGAGCAGGCCUUCAGGAUCCUCUCGAUGAGUUUCCGGUCGACGAUGCUGUCGUCGACGGCUAGAACGUGGAAGUUCUGACACUCGCCUAUUGCCAUUGUUUGAUAAUAUCCCUACCCGUAUAUUGAAUUAUUGAAUCAGGUAGAAUAGUGGGUAAAACGAUUUGAGAUUUGGAUGGAGUUGUGAAGUAUUGAUUGCAC